GCCAUGGGAUGCCAGGGCCGUUGGGGACUAUUUAUUUUCUAGGCAUUGCUCAGGUUUACGGUUUCUGGUUUUCCUGGUGGAAUUUGGAGAGGGUCAUGAAUCAAACGGAUGCGCCUCGACCCCUAAACUGGACCAUCCGGAAGCUGUGCCACGCAGCCUUUCUCCCAUCUGUCAGACUUCUUAAGGCUCAGAAAUCCUGGAUAGAAAGAGCAUUUUAUAAAAGAGAAUGUGUGCACAUCAUACCCAGCACCAAAGACCCCCAUAGGUGUUGCUGUGGGCGUCUCAUAGGCCAGCAUGUCGGCCUCACUCCCAGUAUCUCCGUUCUUCAGAAUGAGAAAAAUGAGAGCCGCCUAUCCCGAAAUGACAUCCAGUCUGAGAAGUGGUCCAUCAGCAAGCACACUCAGCUCAGCCCCACAGAUGCUUUUGGGACCAUCGAGUUCCAAGGAGGCGGCCAUUCCAACAAAGCCAUGUACGUGCGAGUAUCUUUUGAUACAAAACCCGAUCUCCUCCUCCAUCUGAUGACCAAGGAAUGGCAGUUGGAGCUUCCCAAGCUUCUCAUCUCUGUGCACGGAGGGCUGCAGAACUUUGAGCUGCAGCCAAAGCUCAAGCAAGUCUUUGGGAAAGGUCUCAUCAAGGCAGCCAUGACCACUGGAGCGUGGAUAUUCACUGGAGGCGUCAACACAGGAGUUAUUCGCCAUGUUGGAGAUGCCUUGAAGGAUCACGCAUCCAAGUCUCGUGGGAAGAUCUGCACCAUCGGCAUUGCUCCCUGGGGGAUUGUGGAAAACCAGGAGGACCUCAUUGGCAGAGAUGUUGUCCGGCCAUACCAGACCAUGUCCAACCCCAUGAGCAAGCUCACUGUUCUCAACAGCAUGCAUUCCCACUUCAUUCUGGCUGACAAUGGAACCACUGGGAAAUACGGAGCAGAGGUGAAACUUAGGAGACAACUGGAAAAGCACAUUUCGCUCCAGAAGAUAAACACAAGAUGCCUGCCGUUUUUCUCUCUUGACUCCCGCUUGUUUUAUUCAUUUUGGGGUAGUUGCCAAUUAGACCCAAUUGGAAUUGGUCAAGGCGUUCCAGUGGUGGCACUCAUUGUGGAAGGAGGACCCAAUGUGAUCUCAAUUGUCUUGGAGUACCUUCGGGACACCCCUCCUGUGCCAGUGGUUGUCUGUGAUGGGAGUGGACGGGCAUCCGACAUCCUGGCAUUUGGGCAUAAAUAUUCAGAAGAAGGCGGACUUAUCAACGAGUCUUUGAGGGACCAGCUGUUAGUGACCAUCCAGAAGACCUUCACAUACACUCGAACCCAAGCACAACAUCUGUUCAUCAUCCUCAUGGAGUGCAUGAAGAAGAAGGAACUGAUCACAGUGUUUCGGAUGGGAUCAGAAGGACACCAGGACAUUGAUUUAGCUAUCCUGACAGCUUUGCUUAAAGGAGCCAAUGCUUCGGCCCCAGACCAACUGAGCUUAGCGUUAGCCUGGAACAGAGUCGACAUCGCUCGCAGCCAGAUCUUUAUUUAUGGGCAACAAUGGCCGGUGGGUUCUCUGGAACAAGCCAUGUUGGAUGCCCUAGUUCUGGACAGAGUGGAUUUUGUGAAAUUACUCAUAGAGAAUGGAGUAAGCAUGCACCGUUUUCUCACCAUCUCCAGACUAGAGGAAUUGUACAAUACGAGACAUGGGCCCUCAAAUACAUUGUACCACUUGGUCAGGGAUGUCAAAAAGCGAGAAUAUCCAGGUUUCGGUUGGAUCUAUUUUAAGGGGAACCUGCCCCCGGACUACAGAAUCAGCCUGAUCGACAUCGGCCUGGUGAUCGAAUACCUGAUGGGCGGCGCUUAUCGCUGCAACUACACGCGCAAGCGCUUCCGGACUCUCUACCACAACCUCUUUGGCCCCAAGAGGCCCAAAGCUUUGAAACUGCUGGGAAUGGAGGAUGAUGUACCCUUGAGACGAGGAAGAAAGACAACCAAGAAGCGUGAAGAAGAGGUAGACAUCGACUUGGAUGACCCUGAGAUCAACCACUUCCCUUUCCCUUUCCAUGAGCUGAUGGUGUGGGCCGUCCUGAUGAAGCGGCAAAAGAUGGCCCUGUUCUUCUGGCAGCACGGGGAGGAGGCCAUGGCCAAGGCCCUGGUGGCCUGUAAGCUCUGCAAGGCCAUGGCUCACGAAGCCUCUGAGAACGACAUGGUUGACGACAUCUCCCAGGAGCUGAACCACAACUCCAGGGACUUUGGUCAACUGGCUGUAGAGCUCCUCGACCAGUCCUAUAAGCAGGAUGAGCAGCUGGCCAUGAAACUGCUGACGUAUGAACUGAAGAACUGGAGCAAUGCCACAUGCUUGCAGCUGGCUGUGGCUGCCAAGCACCGUGACUUCAUUGCCCACACGUGCAGCCAGAUGUUGCUCACAGACAUGUGGAUGGGCCGGCUACGGAUGCGCAAGAACUCAGGCCUCAAGGUAAUUCUGGGAAUUCUACUUCCUCCUUCAAUUCUCAGCUUGGAGUUCAAGAACAAAGACGACAUGCCCUAUAUGUCUCAGGCCCAGGAAAUCCAUCUCCAAGAGAAGGAGCCAGAGGAACCAGAGAAGCCCUCAAAGGAAAAAGAUGAAGAGGACAUGGAACUGACCGCAAUGUUGGGGCGCAACAGUGGGGAAUCCUCCAGGAAGAAGGACGAAGAGGAAGUUCAGAGUAGGCACCGGUUAAUCCCACUGGGCCGAAAAAUCUAUGAAUUCUACAAUGCUCCCAUCGUGAAGUUCUGGUUCUACACGCUGGCCUACAUCGGAUACCUGAUGCUCUUCAACUACAUCGUGCUGGUGAAGAUGGAGCGCUGGCCUUCCACCCAGGAAUGGAUCGUCAUUUCCUAUAUUUUCACCCUGGGAAUUGAAAAGAUGCGAGAGAUUCUGAUGUCAGAGCCAGGGAAGUUGCUACAGAAAGUCAAGGUGUGGCUGCAGGAGUACUGGAAUGUCACCGACCUCAUAGCCAUCCUACUGUUCUCCGUGGGAAUGAUCCUUCGCCUCCAAGACCAGCCCUUCAGAAGUGACGGGAGGGUCAUCUAUUGUGUCAACAUCAUUUAUUGGUACAUCCGUCUAUUAGACAUCUUCGGCGUGAACAAAUAUUUGGGCCCAUAUGUAAUGAUGAUUGGAAAAAUGAUGAUAGACAUGAUGUACUUUGUCAUCAUUAUGCUGGUGGUGUUGAUGAGUUUUGGGGUCGCCCGGCAAGCCAUUCUCUUUCCCAAUGAGGAGCCAUCAUGGAAACUGGCCAAGAACAUCUUCUACAUGCCUUACUGGAUGAUUUAUGGGGAAGUGUUUGCAGACCAGAUAGACCCUCCCUGUGGACAGAAUGAGACUCGAGAGGAUGGUAAAAUAAUCCAGCUGCCUCCCUGCAAGACAGGAGCCUGGAUCGUGCCAGCCAUCAUGGCCUGCUACCUUUUAGUGGCCAACAUCCUACUGGUCAACCUCCUCAUCGCUGUCUUUAACAAUACCUUUUUCGAGGUAAAAUCAAUAUCCAACCAAGUGUGGAAGUUCCAGAGGUAUCAGCUCAUCAUGACUUUCCAUGAGCGACCAGUUCUGCCCCCACCUCUGAUCAUCUUCAGCCACAUGACCAUGAUAUUCCAGCACCUGUGCUGCCGAUGGAGGAAACAUGAGAGCGACCCAGAUGAGAGGGACUAUGGUCUGAAACUUUUUAUAACUGAUGAUGAGCUCAAGAAAGUACAUGAUUUUGAAGAGCAAUGCAUAGAAGAAUAUUUCAGAGAAAAAGAUGAUCGCUUCAACUCUUCCAAUGAUGAGAGGAUACGAGUGACUUCAGAAAGGGUGGAGAACAUGUCCAUGCGGCUGGAGGAAGUCAACGAGCGAGAACACUGCAUGAAGGCUUCACUCCAGACUGUGGACAUCCGACUGGCACAGCUGGAGGAUCUCAUCGGGCGCAUGGCCACAGCCCUGGAACGCCUGACAGGUCUGGAGCGGGCCGAGUCCAACAAAAUCCGCUCACGGACCUCCUCAGACUGCACAGAUGCAGCCUACAUCGUCCGCCAGAGCAGUUUCAACAGCCAGGAGGGGAACACCUUCAAGCUCCAAGAGAGUAUAGACCCUGCAGGUGAGGAGACCAUGUCCCCAACUUCUCCAACCCUAGUGCCCCGUAUGCGAAGCCAUUCAUUCUAUUCAGUCAAUAUGAAAGACAAAGGUGGUAUAGAAAAGUUGGAAAGUCUUUUUAAAGAAAGGUCCCUGAGCCUACACCGGGCUACUAGUUCCCACUCUGUAGCAAAAGAAUCCAAAGCUCCUGCAGCCCCUGCAAACACCUUGGCCAUUGUUCCUGAUUCCAGAAGACCAUCAUCGUGUAUAGACAUCUAUGUCUCUGCCAUGGAUGAGCUCCACUGUGAUAUAGACCCACUGGACAAUUCCAUGAACAUCCUAGGGCUGGGAGAGCCAAGCUUUACAGCUCCACUAUCUUCCACAGCCCCUUCAAGCAGUGCCUAUGCAACUCUUGCACCCACAGACAGACCUCCAAGCCGGAGCAUUGAUUUUGAGGACAUCACCUCCAUGGACACUAGAUCUUUAUCUUCCGACUACACCCACCUGCCAGAAUGCCAAAACCCCUGGGACACUGAGCCUCCGAUGUACCACAGCAUUGAGCGUUCCAAAAGUAGCCGCUACCUAGGCGCCACCCCCUUUCUUCUAGAAGAGGCCCCUAUCGUGAAGUCUCACAGCUUUAUGUUUUCUCCUUCGAGGAGCUAUUACGCCAACUUUGGGGUGCCUGUGAAAACUGCGGAAUACACAAGUAUUACAGACUGUAUCGACACGCGAUGCGUCAAUGCCCCGCUAGCGAUCGCCGACAGAGCCACCUUCCCUGGCGGUCUCGGAGGCAAAGUGGAGGAUGCGUCCUGUUGUCACCCUGAGCGAGAAGCAGAACUGAGCCACCCCAGCUCUGACACUGAGGAGAAUGAGGCCAAAAGCCGGAGAGCGGCCAUGGAGAUGGCUUCCCAGGAGGGCGAUAACUCAGACAGAGACAGAGCCCUGUCCAACAACAUCACGGUUCCCAAGAUAGAGCGCGCCAACAGCUACUCCGCAGAGGAGCCAAGCGCGUCCUACGCACACACCAGGAAGAGCUUCUCCAUCAGUGACAAACUCGACAGGCAGCGGAACACAGCAAGCCUGCGAAAUCCCUUCCAGAGAAGUAAGUCCUCCAAGCCCGAGGCCCGCGGGGACAGCCUAUCCAUGAGGAGACUGUCCAGAACGUCUGCUUUCCACAGCUUUGAAAGCAAGCACAACUAAACCUUCCUAAUAAGCGUUGCAGGAGGCUCCAGAAUCCAGCGCUAAAAUUCUUCCCCAACUCCACCUGCUCCCCUUCCUUGAAACGUACCUACUUUAUUCUUAGCUGAGCAAAACAAGCAGUGUCUGGGGAGGUGUUCACUCAAAGGUAACUUCUGGGCCCCAGAUCAAAAAAGCCUUUUGAUCUGACCUGGUGCCAAACACAGGGGAUCUAAGUCAUGUUCACACUUGAUGGGUGGGGGGGAAAGAGGGAGAAGAAGGGUAAGAGAUGAAUGUGUAUCACUAGUCGUUUCAGAAAGCCACGAGCUCUGGGAAGGAAGGGGCUUCAAGAACGCAACAUGCCAGGAGGCAUCUUUCAAUUACCGAUCAUUAUCAAGAGUUUUAGGAUGCAGGGCUAAGUUGCAAAAUAAAAUAAAUAAAUAGCCAGCAUACAAAUGAGAUAUUCUAAACUUCAAUUCUGUUUUCUUUUCACAUUGGCUCCAUCACUGGUGACUGAUGAAGAGCAUCCUUUUUAUUCAGUAUAAGCCGGCAGCAAGCAGUUCUACCUAACGUCUCACAUCCUUCUCAUGCCAACACUUCUGUAAUUGAUCAUUAUAAAGAAAAAACAAGGUAACAGUCAUAGUUCACCUGUCUCCUAUUAUUCACUUCUGGUGCCACAACUGUUUUCUUUUUUGAAGAAAAUAAGGGAAAAGAAAUGCCUUUUUGUAAUGCAAUCAAAAUGAAAGAAGAAUUGUUAAAAACAAUGUCAAGAGGUUUAUUAUAUACAGUGGGCAUUCAAGCAUAGUCAAGCAAGCUCAGGAUGAAUGUAAUUAAAUAAUUUUAUAUUUUUUAAUUUAUUUUGUAUCUCACCUGUCAUCAAUGAAGCCACUCAUUGAAUAUGAAAUGAUGAACGGAAAAAAUAGUGGGCAGAACUCACCUGAAGUGGCCACAUGGGUGAUAGGCUCACCGUUCAUGUCGUGCCAUGCUGCUGUGUGACCUCCAUCAUUUGCAUGAUCUCACCAUGUCUUCUGAACAUCUCCAAGAUAUAACUGCCAAUUUUUCACACCACUCAUCACAUGACCAUUUUGUACAUGAGUAUCUGGUUACAUGUGGAUAUUUUCAUACCUAGAGUUUUGCCAUUUAAUCUGGACUCACCAUAAACUUAAUUGGAGUUUUUCAAGGGCUGGUUAUCUUUUUUAUGGAAAUGUUCCAAAACACUUUAUAAGGAAGUUUCAAAACCAUAAAUAACCUUAGAAUUAACUGGGAGUUUGGUAUCAACCCAAAGUCAUCAGUUGCAGGCAUACAGUGAAUAUUUUUCUUAUAUACAGAGCUAUAAAAAAUAUACACUAGAUUAAAAUGGAAAGCAAAUAAGCUGUAUAGAGUUUUAGUAUAUGCUGCUUAUAUACAUAUAUAUGCAUUUACACAGAGACAUGUUUAUAUAUAGUAUAUAAACAGACAUAUAGAGCUUUCUUAAGAAGCUUGGACUUUUCUAUAAUCUUGAGGUGUAACAAAGGUUUUGGUGUUUUUUGGUUUUUGGGUUUUUUUUUUAGCAUCCAAGGAGUUCCAUAGAAAGAGUUCAUUAUAUUAUUUGACAGAUGUUGAAAUUAUGAUUUCUUUUAUAUCCCUAUGAUUUGGGAUUAACUUCCCCCUUGUAUCAAACUAGAGUUGCCAAAAUAGCCACCUACUCUCUGUCCCUUUUUUUAAUCCCAAAAGUAUUUGCUCUCAUGGCAGCUCACUUAGUCUGAUUUCUCCUGCACAAAAUGAUUAUAAAAAGUACAAUUCUGAUAGACAUGCAGUUCUAGGCAGAGAGGGCGAUAGACUCUAAAAUAAAGGCAUAUGCUUCUAGGUCAGAAUCAGGAUUUGAAGACUCUAGGUAAAGAAACCUUGACCCCAAAUCUUCACAUUCCUAUUUGGAUCACUGCAGUUAAAAACAAAAUCUUUAAGGAGAAAGACUUCAUGUUCCAAUCCAAAAUAUGAUUUUUUUGUUGUUAAGUUGUAACUGUGAACUCCAGAUUUUCUCAUGUGAAAUCAGAUAAAUUGUACAUAAUAUCACUAGCCUUUUUGCAAGGUUUUCAGAUAUAGAAAUAAUGGUCACAUAGAAGUUAAAGAAUUCCUUUUUCACUCCUUGGUAUUUAGGUUAAUCUGAAACAACUAAUUCCUCAUAUGUCAUCAUUGCUCUAGCAACACAUUUUUAUUGGACCCCCUCAUUUCCUUCUCAACAAACAUACACUUGGUCUAAGAAUUAAUCAGCUGCCCUUAAACUUCCUUGAGUCAUCAAAUUUCUAUGAAGAUCUGAAGAAAGUUCUGGGAACUCUCCCCAGGAAAAAAGGAUAUUCAUGGCAAGUUGCAAUAUAACCUUAAGGGGAUUAUGUACCCCUGGUUCCAUAAUGAUUGAGAGUGAGGAAGAACCAUAUUUGUUCCCAAUCAGUACAGCUGUAAUAGGCACUUUACAUUUUGAGACCAUUUCUCUGUGAUUCUCAGGAAGGCCAUGUGUCAGAACCAGAGUCUGAACCAAGAUUUGGUCAUUUUCGUUCUUUAGCUUUUGCUUAGAUUUUGCUUGUCUGAUAUGCUUACACGUUAAUGCUUUGAUGGUUUUAAGUAUGAGCACACCCACAAAGCUGGAAGGUUCUCAGGGAGUCUGCAGAGGAGUCCAAAAAGGAGGUGAAACCAUAAUUCUUUGACUACAGGAAAGGACAUCACAGCACCUCCAGGGCCUCAUUCAAAACCAGACUGAAUGUGGGGAAAGAAAUUAGGAGCAUGAAUGUUGCCAUUUGUCAUAAUUUCUGCAGACAAGCACUCAGGACCUGGGGUAGAAAGUACUUAAUAGUCCUGACCUUGUCACUAUCUGGUUCUUCUGUUGUACAUGAAAGUGAAGUUCUAACAUCUUUUGCGGAGCGCGUGAAAUACGUAAGACAAAUGUAAAUGACGUCAAACAUGAGCCGUGUAAGUCCCAUGAGCCAUCUCCUUCCUGUGCACAUACAUGUGUGUCCAUUUCUCUCCAUUUCUGGGCUCUCUGCACACCAGUGUGGCAUUGAUUGUGUGGCCUUGUCCAGUCAGCUUGUGUUCAGCUCAUUUAUUCCACCGCAUCCCUGAUAGAGGGGACGUUAACUACCUGUCUCUGUGAAUUAAGCAGCUCAUGAGCAGCAAGUUAUUGAGGAACAUAAAUAAAGUCAUAGAGAGCCAAGGAAGUAAUAGCUUUGUUUUAAUCAUCUGCUUCUACGGUGCCAAUUUUUAUAUACUACUGUAUGUAAUGAUUUGUUCUAAAUUGCUGGUCCUUUGGGUGGGGUGGGGGUGGGG